UGUGUUUGUGUGUCUGUUUCCACCUGCUGUGUUCCCACACACACACAUACACACACACACACACACACACCUUCACACAAUUAUAUUGCCAGUAAAACAGAGACACGCUCAGAGGUUUCCGUCAGUUAGUUAUUCACCCACCAGCAACAUGAUCGGGAGAGUUGUUUUUCUGGGACUGCUGCUCAUCUGUGUGGCUGCAGAUGCAGAGGAGAACUCUGGACUUCUGAGAACGCCUUCCUGUCCUGACAUGGGGGAGAUUGUGGCCUGCCCUCUGAACCUGGCUCCUGUGUGUGGCAGCGAUGGAAACACCUAUGCCAACGAGUGUACCCUGUGUGCCCAGAGGCAAACAACCAAGAUGGACAUUUUGAUUGUCAAAGAGGAGAGCUGCUGAGCCGAGCAGGAGGUGAUGUCACCACUAAGCUGACCAAUCAGGAUGUGAUUGUCGACCAAACAUCCAUCUGUGAAAAUACAUUCCCUACAUGUUUGUGUCAGCUCAAUGAGUA